CACACACACACACCCCAUACUGAUGAGAGUUCCCCUAUCUCACAGAGCCAGUUCCACCAUCUGAGAGAGCCUUGUUUAUGUUAACAGGAGAGCAGCUCUGUGUCGCACCGGUUCAACCUCCUACAGGAGAGCAGCUCUGUGUCGCACCGGUUCAACCUCCUACAGGAGAGCAGCUCUGUGUCGCACCGGUUCAACCUCCUACAGGAGAGCAGCUCUGUGUCGCACCGGUUCAACCUCCUACAGGAGAGCAGCUCUGUGUCGCACCGGUUCAACCUCCUACAGGAGAGCAGCUCUGUGUCGCACCGGUUCAACCUCCUACAGGAGAGCCGCAGACACAAACUCUCUGAGGUUCAACUGUUACAAUGAUCCAAUAGAAACCGCUUCAUUCACGCUCUGUCAGAGACAGAGAGAGAGAUACAGAGAGUCAGCGAGAGAGGCAAUAGGAGCAGACGUGGAGGACUAAGAAGAGGAUGACCCUGUGAUCUUGCCAAGGAUGAGCAGAGACGAGGAGAGACGCAUCACUAUGAAUAAGGCCAAGAGAAAGUCUCGUGUGGACAGCCCUGGAGGUGUGAGAAGCAGGAGAACGGUUCAGAGGAGGAUGACCUGCCCUAGCUUCCCGGAGAUCACUAGAGUGCUGCAGAACCCUGUCCCCAGUCCCCUGACCCGUUCUGCUAGCCUAGACGAGCUCAUCCUGCGAUGCCUGCACUGCUUUGACUCGGAUGGAAAGCUUUCGCGGGGAUCUCAGCUAGUUCACAUGACUCUGAUGAUGCACAGCUGGGUUGUUCCCUCACAGACCUUCGCCCAGAAACUCCUCGCCCUCUAUAAGGACUGUCCAGUGGAAAAGAGAGGACUGAGACGACCGCAGGUCUGCCACCUUAUCAGACAGUGGAUCAGCAGGUUCCCAGCGGUGUUUGAGGCUGACCCUCAACUAGAACAGAUGAUGGGAGAAUUGUGGACCCUGGCCAGGUCUGAGACACAGGACAUCAUAGACACAUCCUACCUUUAUGAUGCCAUCCCACCAUGUCUGUUUGAGUACGCUUCCUGUCACAGAGGGAAAUGUUCCUGUACGUUUGAGACCUUCUCACAACUCAGUCCAGUGAUCCCAGUCUCCCAGGCCCCGUCUCAGUCUGUAAAGAAGAGGAAGGUCUCUCUACUGUUUGACCACAUGGAGCCGGAUGAGAUGGCUGAACACCUCUCCUACCUGGAGUUCAAAAACUUCUGCAACGUCUCGUUCCUGGAUUACCGUAGCUACGUGGUGCGUGGCUCUGUGAGGGACAACCCAUCCCUGGAGCGCAGUGUCAUGAUGUGUAAUGGGGUGUCUCAGUGGGUCCAGCUGAUGAUUCUGAGCAGACACACUGCACAGCAGAGAGCCCAGGUCUUCACCAAGUUCCUACACGUAGCCCAGAGGCUGCAUGCGCUGCAGAACUUCAACACUCUGAUGGCGGUGACGGGUGGUCUGUGUCACAGCUCCAUCUCUCGUCUGAAGGACACCGCCAGUCUGCUACCCCCUGACGUCACUAAGGCCCUGAGCGAGAUGACAGAGCUGCUGUCCUCCUCCAGUAACUAUAGUAACUACCGACGGGUGUACAGUGAGUGUUCAGGGUUUAAAGUGCCUAUCCUGGGCGUCCACUUGAAGGACCUGAUCUCCCUGAACGAGGCCCUGCCAGACUACCUGGAGGAGCAGAAGAUUAAUCUGGGCAAACUGCAGCAUCUCUACUCUAACAUCUCUGACCUGCUGUCGGUACACUCCUGCUCUCCUCCGUUUGAAGCCAACAAGGAUCUGCUGCAUCUACUUACCCUGUCUCUGGAUCUGUACUACACAGAAGAUGAGAUCUAUGAGCUGUCCUACACCAAGGAACCCAAGAACCCUAAGACACAGCCUGUAGCACCUGUCAAAUCCCCAGUUGUAGCAGAGUGGGGGUCAGGGGUGACUCCGAGGCUGGACCCAGACACCAUCUCUAAACACGUCAAACAGAUGGUGGAUUCCAUCAUGAAGAACUACGACCUGAACCAGGAUGGGUACAUCUCUCUGGAGGACUUUAAGAAGAUAGCAGCUAACUUCCCCUUCUCCUUCUGCAACAAUGACAGUGACAGAGAGGGGGAAAUCAGUCAUCAGCAGAUCAACUCCUACUUCAUGAGGGGGAUGUCCGUAUGUGCCAAACUAGGAUACAACUUCAAGAACGUUCACAACUUCCACGAGACCACGUACAAGCGACCCACCUUCUGUGACACUUGUGGAGGCUUUCUGUGGGGGGUCAUCAAGCAGGGAUUCCACUGUCGAGACUGUGGGGUAAACUGUCACAGACACUGCCAGGACCUGUGUGGGAUGCAGUGUGUGAAGAGAGACAGGGUGUAUGCUGGGUCAUGUCCCUCCACCCCUGCCUCAGCCCUCACUCCUGUCCCAGACCUCCUGACCAAGGCGAACAGCUGGAGUUCGUCGGAAGACAACACCUUUGUUUUCCCCGGGGGUAACAGUAAUUGGGGUAACAACCGUAAUAGGAGGGACUUGGACCGGUCCCCUCUGGGUAACAGGGGUGACUCUGCGCUCUCAGACCGGUCCACCCAGACAGACCCGGGGUUGUGGAUGCCUGUGAGUGUGGACAAGAAGGGAAACCAGCAAGUUCUCCCUAUAGAGAGAGACAGGGGCUCUGUUGUGAAGCCCCAGAGAUUCCUUGGCUCCUCCAUGCCUGCCUCCUUCCUGCAGGAGAAGAUGGAGGAACUCAACUUGAUCAGAGAUAAGAGCAGAGAACCCGACUGAGCUGGGACACUGGAUACCCACGGACAGACAGACACACACACAUACACGAACGGACACACACAGACGAACGGACGGACAGACACAGACACACACACGAACGGACGGACACACACAGACGCGAGCGCACAUACGGACAGACACACAAACGGACAGACACACACAAACUCAUACACACCCAGACAUCAAAUAAACUGGGUUUGUGUGGGCUGUGUUUGAGCCAAUGGGUUUGUUUCUCAAUAUGCAUCCUACCGUGCUCCACACUCAUGCUCCAAGGGAAUUCUCUUCAGGACGUUCUCCCGAGUGAAUUCUCUUCAGGGCGUUCUCCCGGGUGAAUUCUCUUCAGGACGUUCUCCCGAGUGAAUUCUCAUCAGGACGUUCUCCCGAGUGCUUUCUCUUCAGGACGUUCUCCCGAGUGAAUUCUCCUCAGGACGUUCUCCCGGGUGAAUUCUCUUCAGGACGUUCUCCCGAGUGAAUUCUCUUCAGGACGUUCUCCCGAGUGAAUUCUCUUCAGGACGUUCUCCCGGGUGAAUUCUCUUCAGGACGUUCUCCCGAGUGAAUUCUCCUCAGGACGUUCUCCCGAGUGCUUUCUCUUCAGGACGUUCUCCCGAGUGAAUUCUCCUCAGGACGUUCUCCCGAGUGCUUUCUCUUCAGGACGUUCUCCCGAGUGAAUUCUCUUCAGGACGUUCUCCCGAGUGAAUUCUCCUCAGGACGUUCUCCCGAGUGCUUUCUCUUCAGGACGUUCUCCCGAGUGAAUUCUCCUCAGGACGUUCUCCCGAGUGCUUUCUCUUGAGGUUGAGAGUGUGAAGAACACAUAAAACUUUCCAUUUGAGAAGCACUUCCCCCUGCUGUAUUACCUCACACUGCACCUCCCCUUUCACUGACCCUUCUUCCAGCCAGGACAAUGACGACAACAGACGAAGAUAUACACAAAGCUAACUUUUACUUCAUAAUUAUCAGCUAGAUAUAUGUGAAUAGUUGUAAUCUAGCUAGCCAGCUAGCUAGUUAAACAGGGGGAAAAAAUGAACAGAAACUAAUGUCAUGCAAGGUACAGUCGAUGUCAAUUCUUUGUGGGUAGCUAGCUAAACAUUUUUUUCCCGUGGCUAGCCAGUUAGCCCUAUUGAUUUACUAUGGACUUAACCCAUUCCUUCUUCUAGCCAGGACAAUGGCAAUAGAGACGAAAAACAAUAUAUACACGAAGCAAAUGUUUUACUUCAUAUCUAUGAGCUAGCUAUAUGCUUGCUAUUUGGGGUUUUAGGCUGGGUUUCUGUACAGAACUUUGUGACAUCAGCUGAUGUAAGAAUGGCUUUAUAAAUACGUUUAAUUGAUUGCUAUAUGUUUACCGUAAUAAUGUAGCUAACCAGAUAGAAUAACAGGCAAAAAAAACGACAUAAACCAAUGUUAUCCAAGGUAGAUAUAAAUUCUUCGUGGGCAGCAAGCUAACAAUUAUUUGUGGCUCUCUGGCUAGCUAACAGUAGUAGUUAGCCAGUUAGCUCUAUUGACUUUACAAUGGGCUUACGACCUACGCACACUACAGUGGGUCCUGUAGGAAGCUAACCAUGCCAAAACGGGCUGUAUUUAUUAACGUAGCAAGAUAAAAUAUUGUAGUCAGGCAACGUAUAUGAUUAGCUAACAUUUAAAUUCCCAAGUCGCAUUGUAUUUUCGCUUCAGCUCAAGUAAUGGCCGCCAUUGAUUUUAAUCAAAUUUGUGUAAUUGUGUUUGUUGUGUUUUUGUAAUCAUAUUUCUUUGCAUACUUUCUGUUGAAGCAUCGAAACAUCGAUGCUUCAAAAUAUGUACGAAUGGAACACGCAUUCGAAAAGUACCCUCAAUGCACUGUUUCGUAUACUUUGAUUUGGGACUCAACCUCCGACCCUCCCGUGCUACAAUAUGCCACGGUAUAAUGGAUUUUGAUAAACACCCAUUGAUGCAACCAGUUUUCCUGAUCAUUUUCAAGUAGAAUUAAUGUAAAAAUUAAAAAAAAACAAAAAAAUGUUUUCCUGUGACUUCUACAAUCUAUUUUGGUUUUUCUAAAUAUAUACAGUUUAUUCUAAAUGUGAUGUAUAAUGUAUUUUUUCAAUUUCUGAACAUUCUUGAACGUUCUGUGGUGCUAAGCUCUUUUCUUCAACACCAGGGGUGAAUCCCCAAUGGCACCCUAUUCCCUAUAUAAGGCAUUAAUUUGAUCGCUACUAGAUCCCUGGUCAAAAAGGUAUUCAAAUAAUUUUUUUAACUCGACGGCCUAGGAACAGUGGGGUUAACUGCCUUGUUCAAGGGAAGAACGUCAAUUUUUUUAACCUUUCGGUUACUGGUCCCACACUCUAACCACUAGGCUACCUGCCGCACCAAGGUAGUGCACUAUAUAGGCAAUAGGGUGCCAUAGUGGACAGGCCCGUGGAGAUGGACCUCCCAAGACUGCCUUAAAAUCUUAUACCCGGUAAGCAUGAAGGGACAUGAUUAUAGUAAUGUCAGUAGUACAAUGCAACACCUCUCUGUCCCACCUUCACCAAAUACACCUUAUCAAAGCUUCUGCUGGGCUGCAUCAGUGAAAACUACAGUAACAUUUCAAACCCUGUGAUGUGAUGAUCGUUGUUGUACUGUUGUAAUUAUGUUCAUAUUCUGGCACCUCUGCUAAUCUCAGUUUAGGGUGUCAGUGUGUUUUUUAUUUUAAUUUUAUUUUUUUAAAGGAAAUUUGAGGUUGGAACUACAGGUAAAUUAUAUGUUAUUGUCAAGGCCUACUGUACUGAGUCUAUACUGGGUCCCAAAUGGCACUCCUAUGCCCUAUAGCGGACUAUUACCUGGUCUGGAAGACUUGACCCUAGGCAACACAGUGACUAGGGUCUGUUUUCAAUGAUAGACUUACGUCACUGUCUACGUCAAUGGGGGGGGGGGGGGCUUUUGACCAGAGUCCUACUGUGUUUGGCUGGUAGGUAAGUCUUGAAAACCUGACCCUAGGCAACACAGUGACUUGAGUCUGGUUUCAAUUAUGGAUUAUUUUGGCAUUGAGGAACUACAUCAAAGGUAGUUGUGAAGGUAGUUGUGAAGGUAGUUGAUGCAAACUUGCCACUUGUGAAAUGCAAUGAAAUGAAAUUAAAAAUAACCUACAAAACCUU